GGAAGCGCAGCACACUUCCGGUGCGCAGCGGGCGGCCAUGUUGGAGCAGCGAAGGCGGCGCAGAGGCGCGUCCCGGGUCCCCGUAGCGGCGCCGGUGCUGAGCGCUGGUUUGUGGACACCCAGGCAGAUCUGCAGCGCCUAAUGCCAUGAGCGUGGUGGUGCAGCAUGUGGAGGAGAAAGCUGUGCAUUCUUGGUCACGGAUCUCCACGGCAGGGAAGAAGGCCUUGGAAGAGGCGUUACUUGUCUUCAACCCCAUGAGCCAGGAUCUCAGGGCCACAGAGGCCCAGCUCGUGGCCUUCCUGCAGGGCCUGCGGGAUGAUGGCUUCCAGCCCACCAUUCUGCGCAGUGGCGAUGUCUAUGGCUACAGUUCCUGCACGGCCAGCCCCCCGAGUCAGACAAAGCUGCAAGCUUGUGCCCCCACCCCAGCCACCACUUCACCUCCAGCCAAGGCUCCCCAGACUGCUGUGCGGCUGCCUGCAGGCCGGGCCACGCUGCUCCCCAUGCCGCUGUCUGGCAGGCUGGCCAAAGCCUCUGCUGCAUCCCUCACUAAGCAUGCUACCACCAACUUGCUACUCAGCUCGCUAAAACAGUCAAGUGCCAGCCGUGCCCAGGGUGCGGCAGUGGGCUUCCCUGCUCACCUCUAUCCGGGUGUCUACCCUGCCAUGCGACUCUCUGUUGUUCUUGAGGCCCUGGUUCCACUCAAGACUCCUGUGCCCUGCUUGGGUGCCAAACACAAGGCACGGUCACUGCAGCUGUCACUAGAGUCUCCCCUGAAGCUGCGGAAAGGUCUGGGGAAAGGGCCGGGCAGUAUGCAGUCCAGAGCUCCCGGAAAAACUACAAGCAAGGGCCCCAAGUGUCUGGCUCACAGAGGCCCCAGGACUGGACCUCAACGUGAGACUGGGCCCCAGAAAAAGACCUGUAAAGCUACUCGGUCUCUCAGUGGCCAGCAGCAGAAAGGUGAUUCAGUUCUGGGCACCAGAACAGCCUAUACCAAGGCAGCUCAAACACAGGUCAGAGCUGCCCAAACCCAGUCCAAGGUGGCUCGAACGCAGGCCAAAGCUGCCAAGUCCCAAGCAAAAGCCAAGGCAGCACAAAUCAAAGCCAAAGCCAAGGCUGCAAGGAUCAGGACCAAGGCCAAAGCAGCACAGAUCAAGGCCAAAGCCAAGGCAGUACAGGCUAAAGCCAAGGCCAGGGCAGUCCGUGCCAAGGCCAAGGUGGCUCAGACCCAGCCCAAAAGCAGGCGCAGACCAGAAGGGUCUGUUCAAGCCAGGACUGCAAAGAGGGACCAGAAGAAGAACUGCCCUGAAACUAUGGGGCAGAAGAGGAAAAGAGCUGAGGAGGCAAAAGAUCUUCCUCCCCAGAAGAGAACGCGGCGAGUUCCCGCAUCUCCGAAGGCAAGGCUAAGGCCUAGAACAGCAAAACUGUUGCCAUUCCGGGCUGUCAAGGUGGACAGGUGGUCCUCAGAUGAGGAGGUGCUUCAGCGGGCUCAGCAGAUCCUCUGUGUGAACCUGUCCCCCGUAAUCCAGCUUCAGCCCUUGCUGCUACACUCAGCUCCCUGAUUCGGUCACAUGGUGUUUGGGAGUCCUGAGCCCAGCUGUUCAGCCAGUGGCGCAGUGUGCACGGCCCAUGGACUCCACAGUCCCAAGGACUCGGUGCCUCUCCAGGCCCUGGCAGCCACCAGUCUCCUUUAGGAGUCUGGGGA